AUGCUUCUUGGCACUGAAUCAGAACAACAACAGCAACGGAAGCAUCAUAGAUAUCUUGGCCUGUGGCGCAAAGCACAUACUAUUACCGGUCUCAUUACACUAUUUGCGUCUUUCAUUUUGAUCAUUAUUGGCGCAUCCAAAUUGUACCUUCUUCUCUUCGGCUCCUCGACCUCGAACUCUCCAAGCUUUCCACUGAAAGAACUCGCAGACAAGCAAGUAUGCGGUACACAUCUAUCUGAACGCAUCACGAAGAUUCCAAACAUCGUUCACUACGUCUGGUUCUUGAAGGACCCCACCUCGCUCCAUCUCGAUUUCAAGUUCUUCAUCACAGCUUACUCCGCAUACUUAUACUUCCAACCAGACAAAAUCUACUACCACACCGAUGCCUCCUUCGAACUUUUUGAACGGGCAAGGAGAUCUGGAAGCGAAUGGACCCAACGACUUCUCUCACUUCCGAACGUGGAGUAUCAUUACGUUGACGCCCCGAGCGUGACCACAAAAGGAAUUCCGAUUGAAAAGUUCGAACAUAAAUCCGACUUCACACGUAUGCAAGUCUUGCACGAAUAUGGUGGCAUAUAUAUGGACACAGAUGCUAUCCCACUUCGUGAUAUCGCCGAUUUGAGAGAAAGUGGUUUUGCAAAUGUCGUUGGUGGAGCCAUUGGGCUCACGAUGCAUCAUUCUGGGUUCAUUAACAAUGGGGUCAUGAUGGCGGCACCAGGUAGUGCUUUGAUGAAAAUAUACAUGCGAGCAGCAGAUCAAUUCUUUGAUGGGCGGUGGGAAACAGCGAGUGUGAAUCUUCUUACAGACGUCGCAAACCGGCUAUCUGCUGUACCUCAUGAAGUCCUGAUUCUUCAACCGAAGGCCUUUGCUCCGGUGAGCUGGGAGUAUGCAGAUCAAGUACGACUGUUCCAGCCCCACUUCGAGAUGCCAGCGGGGAAUGAGAUUUGGGGCUCUACUUCUACGAACAUGACGACUUGCGAUGACAUGCUUAGUAGCUUGAUAGAGAAAGAGAGCUUUGGAGGGGAGGAUUGGGAGAUGGAUUUCUCGAGCUCGUAUGUUCUUCAUGCCUUCGAUGGCAAGCAUAUUCCGGGCUGGGAUAACAAGGUCGAUUUGAAUUAUAUUCUGGCGCGGCAGAGCAAUUAUGCCAGAGCCGUGUAUCCCGCGAUUGCACAUGCAAUUAGUUCUGGAGUAUUAGGUCCAUAUUAA